CUGGCAAAAAAAAAAAAAAAAAAAGAAAAGAAAUUCCCCAAAGAGAAAACUGAACUACGAUUUCUCAGUCCUAAUCUCACGAGCAUUCUUAGCAAGCAUCGCAAAUUUUCCUUCGAUCUGCAAAUCUAGAAAACCAUCUUAUCUAUUUCCAUGGCCCUAAGCUCUAAUUAAUUGUUAAAUUCCGAAAAUGUCAAACGGGACCUCUACGAUUACUAUCAGGGUCCAAACCCCGACCCGAUCCUCCGACGACAUCGUCGACACGACGCCGUUGCUUUCAUCUGGCUCAAAUGUCGAAUCCAAUAGCAAUAACGGUCGCCGACCCGUUCGCCGUCCAACCCUCCGCGACGCUGCGAGGUUCGUCCGUCGCGCCAGCAGCCGUCGCAUGAUGCGGGAGCCAUCCAUGUUGGUUCGUGAAACUGCCGCGGAGCAGCUCGAGGAACGACAGAGUGACUGGGCUUAUUCGAAGCCCGUGGUGAUCCUUGACAUCAUAUGGAACUUCGCCUUCGUGGCGGUGGCUGUCGCAGUCCUGAUAUUGAGCAGGGAGGAGCAUCCAAGUAUGCCGUUGAGGCUGUGGAUUAUUGGGUAUGGAUUCCAGUGCGUGUUGCAUAUGGUUUGCGUGUUUGUGGAGUAUAGGAGGCGGAGGAGGAGGCAAGUGGGAUUCGGUGGGAUGGAGCGAGGGCUUGGAAGUGAUGGAAACUCGAGUUCCGGGUCGAGAGGGGAUUCUGGGGAAUAUAUUACGUUGGCUCAGCUGGAGGAUGAUGGAACCAGCAGUGUUGCAAAGCAUUUGGAAUCUGCAAACACAAUGUUCUCAUUUAUCUGGUGGAUCAUUGGGUUUUACUGGGUGUCGGCUGGCGGCCAGGCUUUGGCACGCGGUUCCCCUCAACUAUACUGGCUUUGUAUAAUUUUUCUUGGUUUUGAUGUGUUCUUUGUCGUUUUCUGUGUUGCUCUGGCAUGUGUCAUCGGCAUUGCUGUUUGCUGCUGUCUUCCAUGUAUUAUUGCAAUCUUGUAUGCGGUUGCAGACCAGGAAGGAGCAUCUAAAGAAGACAUUGAUCAGCUCUCUAAAUUCAAAUUCCGGAGAAUUGGUGAUAGUGAGAAACUUGCUGAUGAUGCACAAGGGGGUGGAAUAAUGACUGAAUGUAGUACAGAUUCACCUGUAGAGCAUGUCCUUUCAGAGGAGGAUGCGGAAUGUUGCAUCUGCCUUUCUGCCUAUGAUGAUGGAGUUGAGCUAAGGGAACUUCCUUGUGGUCACCACUUCCAUUGUGCCUGUGUAGAUAAGUGGCUGUAUAUUAAUGCUACCUGCCCACUUUGCAAGUACAAUAUCUUGAAGAGUAGCAGCCGAGACAGGGAGGAAGUGUAAAAGGAUUGAGAAUAAAGUUGCAAGUCCACAGACUUUGCAUAUGGUUCCAGCUCUCAAGAGUUUUUCAAUGCACAGCAAUCAGCAUGCCAUUAGACAGUGUUUUCUAUUCUUCUUGUUAUGAUAAUAGUAAUUAUGCUUGUUGUAGUGGUGGUGGCGGCACUGUUGUCUUCUUGCUCUUUGGCGUGUGUAUAUUAGGGUUGCUCAGAGCAUCUGAUGCUAACUUCAUUGGAGACACUUGUCUUUUGUCUUCUCUUUCCUUCCCUGUUUCGUUAGUUAGGGAACAUUUUACAGAUUUAUGUAUACUGCUCUCCAAGUUUCUUCCCGUGUUCUUAGCAUUGGAGGUUUUUUCUUUUAAGGAUUCUUGUUGAAUCUGUAAAAGGUGUUGACAAAGGAAUAAGUUAAGGUUUCUUGUCUAAAGUUAUUUGAUUGUCCUUUUAUGCCA